GAAAUCAACUGCAGGAGGGGUCCGUGUUGCGCCUCAAUCGAUCUUAUUAUCUGGCCGAUCGAUUUGUUCCAUUUCAGAAAGUGGUCACGAUUCUGAAGAGCACUCAUUUGAUGUUUUACUAUUGAAGAAGAUUCCCAUUUCAAAGGUAGGACUGCUUGCCAUUGUGCAUUUACCCUGGACUCUCUUUCCGUACAAGGUCUAUCCAAUCAUCUUGCGCGGGUGAUUAUUUCGGAUCCGUCAGUGCGCGAGUCAUCUUGACCACUUUUGAGGCGGCCGAAGACUCAAAAUAUAAUCCAUUGGCGCAAGCGCGCAUAUGAACAAUCACAAUUGGGUUCAUGGGGUGCACCGAACCAGUAACGAGUUUCUUCAGUAUUUGAGCGACUGCACGCGUUGACGGUGGAGAUGGGGAGACAAUAGCCUUCGGAAUCUAACCUGCGGAAGCAAAACGAACGAGUCAAUCUCGCAGGCCAACGAGACCAUGCCAGCCUCACGCUCACAAUCGCCAGAGAACGACGUCUUUGGUAUCUCUACAGAAAUUGUGCCAGAGCGCACCAAUAAAACCGCAUCCACCACCAAUCUGACGUUCGAUGAUCUCCUACCCAACGAUAAACCUCUACUACUCCAUGAAGACCUCCAAGAAGGAUGCGGAGGCCAGCUAUGGCCCGCUGGCAUGGUGCUCUCAAGAUACCUGCUCACCUACCACAAGACAGGAUCACUACUGGACAAGUCCAUAGUCGAAAUCGGUGCUGGAGGAGGCCUGGUCGGGCUAGCGGUGGCACUGGGCUGUGAGAUCAAUAGACCGGUAUACAUCACGGACCAGCUACCCAUGUUCGCGCUGAUGCAAAAGAAUAUUGUGUUGAACAAUCUGCAGGGCAAAGUCGAAGCUGAGAUAUACGAUUGGGGCACACCUCCACCGUCCAAAGUACUCGGAGAUGCGGGUCGCUACCCUGAUAUCGUCCUUGCUGCUGAUUGCGUGUACUUUGAGCCUGCUUUUCCUCUGUUACUACAGACGUUAGGGGAUCUCAUCGGUCCAUCGACAACGUGCUACUUUUGCUUCAAGAAGAGACGGAAAGCGGACAUGCGGUUCAUUCGAGACAUGACUAAGAAGUUUGCCGUGGAACAGGUCACCUAUGAUGACAGGGAGGGCGACCAGAGGGAGGGAAUAUUCUUGUACCAGGUUCAACAAAAGGAUAGAAAGCAAUAACAUGCAUGAAACCAA